AUGAAGUCUUCACUCUUUCUCGCUUCCUUUCUCCUUGCACUAUUCCCCUCUUGCCUUCAUGCAAUGGCCAUCCAAGGUUUUCCUGAAGACGUGAGGAUCGGUGAGCUGACCUUUGUCGAGGGGGGAAACACCACCACGACAAAGCGUCAAGUCGCGGACCCCCCUGACAACUGUUGGGUUCAAGGCCUUGGCCAGUCAAGCUACUGGUUUCUACCAGUCUACUCAGGCGACGAUGUGUAUGCCUGUAUCAUGGCUCGCAAGAGGAUGACAGGGUCGUCCUGGGUUUGUCCUAGAGAUGACUGGUGGCCAGACUCCUACGUUGAUGAGAUCGUCUCGGCAGGUCAAGAACAAAUCUUCAAAGAAGGUGGCGGUAAAACAACCGAAAAGGGAGUUUUCAAGGCCCGGUUCGAAGGAACCACUCGCAAAAUUGAGGAUAAGGAGGGCAUGUCAGCCCUGCUUGACAUGCUGUUCCGAUAUACCCUGCCCAACUGCGAUGCUAGUUAUUCACUCUGCGUGACCAAAUCUCGUCAUUACUACUACCAGUACAAAGGAGAUACUAUUGGUAUUAAACACAAAGAGUCCGACUGCCGUGGAUGGUUUGGUAUUGGCGGUGACACCUACGCUUACUGCCCUGGGGGUAGUCAUUGCCAAAAGGAUUAG